AGAAAGAUUCCUGAUUCCCGUGAUGAAAUAGGGUGCAAGUGGAUUUGGGUGGGUGCACUUCAUUGAGAAAUAAGGUGAAUUAGGUCACUGUUCCAUUGUUCCUUUAGAACAACUGAGGCAAAGCCUGAAACCACAGACCCACAGCAGUAGUCUCAGGUUUCACAGAUACUUUCCUGGCCUUCCAGAACGACUGCAUUUGUGAUCUAUAGAGCCAGGGUGAAUGGAGAGUCAUAAGCCUAGUAUGGCUUGCCCAAGGACAUGGGUUUUGAGUUACAAAUGAAUAAAAGGAAAUAAGGAGUUGGAGAGGAAGGGGAGGACCUGAAAAAGGGAGAACACUUAGAAACGAAAAGUUGAGUGGAGAUAGUAAAGAGAAGGAAAACCCAAACAACGAAGGAAGAGUGCAAAGGGAGAGAAAAGGAGGCAGAAAAAAGGGAAACAGAUUUGGAAAUCCUAGCAGAGUAGCUGAGAGGAGAGAGACAUUGAGGGAUAUUGCCCUCUGAUUCAAAUGAGAGAGCCUCCACGGCGCCCUCCGCAGUUGGUCUUUGGCUCUGCUGGUUCCCGGGAAUCCAGGGUGUGUUCUUAGCCACGUGGCAGAACACCAGCUGGCGUCAGGCCAACUGGGAAGAAGACACAGGCAGGCAUAUGUGUGGUGCCAGAAAUCAUCUGGAGGUUGCCAUCCAAGAGCUGGGAAAGGAGGCAGUGCUCUUGAGAGAAACCGCAGAGUCCCAGCCAGUGGGCCUGGCCCAGGAUGAAGAAUUCUGGAAUACAUACCAAGGUUUGCAAGAACAGCUGAGCGGGAAUACUCAUAAAGAAUCUGAGCCUGUAUGUGAGAGGGCUGUGCCUGUUCACCAGAUCUUAGCCUUUUCUGAGAAGACAAACACCAAAGACUGGACAGUGGCACCUGAGCUCGUCUUGCCUGAGUCCCAGAGCUUGUUGACAUUUGAAGAAGUGGCCAUGUAUUUUUCCCAGGAAGAAUGGGAGUUACUGGAUCCCACUCAGAAGGCCCUCUACAAUGAUGUAAUGCGGGAAAACUAUGAGACUGUCAUCUCUCUAGCUGUGCCUGCUCACCAGAUCCUAGCCUUUCCUGAGCAGACAAUCACCAAAGACUGGACAGUGGCACCUGAGCUCGUCUUGCCUGAGUCCCAGAGCUUGUUGACAUUUGAAGAAGUGGCCAUGUAUUUUUCCCAGGAAGAAUGGGAGUUCCUGGAUCCCACUCAGGAGGCCCUCUACAAUGAUGUAAUGCGGGAAAACUAUGAGACUGUCAUCUCUCUAGCAUUGUUUGUGCUCCCCAAACCUAAGGUGAUCUCGUAUCUAGAGCAAGGGGAAGAGCCAUGGGUUCAAGGGUCCACGGAGCUCAAGGACAGUGCUGGAGAGCUGCCUGCAGGAAUAAAGCACAAAAGUGACACUGAAAACCAUCAGCCUAUACGUGUUUCUGAUUUAGAAAUACAAGCACCAGGAGACAUAGUAUCAAAAAAGGCCCGAGCAAAAGUUCCCCAGAAAACAACAGGCAAAGAAAACCAUGGUGAUACACACAGGAUAGGGAAGUGGCAUCGAGAUUUUCCUGUGAAGAAAAAAAAGAAACUUUCAAGCUGGAAACAAGAGUUGCUGAAACUUAUGGAUCUUCACAAGAAAGCCCGUGCUGGAGAGAAGCCAUUUAAGUGCCAAGAAUGUGGGAAAAGCUUCAGAGUUAGCUCUGACCUUAUUAAGCACCAAAGAAUUCACACUGAAGAGAAACCGUAUAAAUGUCAACAGUGUGAUAAGAGGUUUAGAUGGAGUUCAGAUCUUAAUAAGCACUUAACAACACAUCAAGGAAUAAAACCAUACAAAUGCUCCUGGUGUGGGAAAAGCUUCAGUCAAAAUACAAAUCUACACACACACCAAAGAACUCACACUGGAGAGAAGCCCUUUACAUGUCAUGAAUGUGGAAAAAAAUUCAGUCAGAACUCCCACCUUAUUAAGCAUCGGAGAACCCACACAGGUGAGCAGCCAUAUACUUGCAGCACCUGCAGGAGAAACUUCAGCAGGCGGUCAAGCCUUCUUAGACACCAGAAACUUCACCGCUGACCGGAAGUUCUUCUUGUGUCCUCAGCAUGAAGAAAUUCACCAAGUAGAGGUUGACCUUGACAUUUAUGAAAAAAUACAAAAUUGUGAACCACGAGUAAUUCAUCGGUGGAAAAAUUGAUAAAAACAUAUUUCACAGAAAGGAAUCAAGGUUGACUCUGCAGGGAUCUCAAUAAGUAGUUUUGUACUACUUACAUUUUUACACAUGACCUUCUGGGAAUUCCUUAGUAAGAAAGGUAUUGAAAAAAGCAUUCUCAGUUAGGGAAACAUUUUGCAAUAGUAUCUGGCAAAGUAACAAAGCCAGCUUUAAUUAGCAGAUGCACCCAUGACUCCGUCUUCUGUGAUAGCAGAGGGUAAAUUCUAUUGAUUUUGCAUUGAAUUCCCAGUCACUUUUAAACACAUAACAGAAACUAUAGCAUGGUCUCCCAAAAGAAAAAGCAAUAACCUGCUUAUUUAAUUGCCUUCAGUUGCCUUCAAGGUAGUUGACUUAACAAUUUUAAGUCCCGUGUGGGGAAAAAUGAGUUCUGUUGUCAAGUUUUCCAAGAACUAAAUUGGAUUUUCUUCCUUUCCCUUGUCAUUGGACACUGUUCCCAAAGUUGGACAUCACUUGAGUUCCUUCCUGAACAUUUUAGCAACUUUAGCUCUUGAAUCCUUUUAGCGCCAGUUUUACUGUGAUGAAAUGCUAUUUACUUCACCACUAGUGAAUCUGCCAGGUAAAUUAAUAAUGCACUAUCUUAUACCUCAUUGGUGGUGUUUGAAAAAAAGAUAAACAUCUCUAAUGAGAUCAUAAGAAAACGGGUUGGAAUGUUUAGCCAUGGAUUGUGUAUGACAUGUAAAGAUAUUUCUGCAGUAAAAUAAACUAGUCCUUUUCUUAUAAUCUCAGUAUGAUGAAGAUAAAAAUUAGCACUUUCUUGAAGCCUAAAGAAAAUUAAUGAAAGUUCGGGAUGAACUUCUCAGGUUUUUUUAAUUUGCUCUGUACUUUGGCUUUUGUUUUUAAGAACAAACUAGAACUAGAAUGUGUGCUGCAGGCAGGAUGUGGUUCCCUGGGUAUGGCGGAAGAUAGGGUUCCCAAGAGAAAACAUUUGGGAACUGAUGCUGACUGGUGGGUAAGAAUGGGUGAAUCCACAUCCACGUUGGAUGGAUGUCUUACACUGUAAACUGUUACUAAGCAGGUAGGGUAUAUAUGUCUCUGUUUUGUGCACAGCAUCUAACAACAGCCUUGGGUGAUACAUGAUAGACGGCUGAAAAUCUCUGUAGGCUGUGGAUCUUCUUAGAGCUCUUAUCUACAACAACUCUAAUGUAUUCCCAUUAGAGCUUUUAGGUGGUGUCAGGAAAGAGGUUAAAUGAUUUCUUCUAAAUACCUUAUAAAUAAGGAAGUUCAGGUUCGGCUACCCUAUGGCUAGUGGGUCUGUUGGUUGUCACUUGGUUGCGUGAGUCAGGCCUAAAGGUCGGAUUUGCAGGAUGGAUGUGUGUGUUAUCCCUCCAGGGCCAGACUGGAUGAUGUGUUGUGUCUGUUUCUAGCUUAUAAGACAUUCCUGUGGCUUGAUUUGUUACUGAAACACUUAAGGCUCCAUGUCCUCUGUGAAAGAGAGAAAACUGUGUUUCAACUCAGGGUUAUUCUGGGGAUUAGAGGGGCUGGUGAAGGAAAAGCACCCCACAGCCUGGCCAGUAGUAGAUGCUCACCGUGCGUUUCUUUCCCUUUCCCCUGCUCCCCAUGAUAUGCUGGGCAGACUACGCUUAGGAAGUAGGUGCAUUUAUGGCUAUUGGCAACUCCUUUGAGGAGUUGAGCGCUGCUGGUGGUGAUAGUGCUUAGCUUAUUUGGUCUUUGACUCCAGUGCUUUAUGGUUUAAGUCUCAUGAUGGUCUAGCGCCCUCAAUGAGACUUUAUUUUCUUCAAGGUGAUUCAAAUAUGAUUUCGUAAGCACAGCCAGCUCUGAAGCUCCCGUCUGCAUAGCUGUUACCCAACGCCCUCAUCCUUCGACUACUGGUACUGUGUCAUCCCGGGAUACAUGUGGACAUCUUCCUGGUGCUACAUUCAUUCACUUUGAUGGGGAUCUCUUGUGGGCCCAGGCACCGUUCUAGACUGAGAAGAUAGUAGUGAACAAAAGAGCUGGAAAUCCACUCUCAUGGGACUCAUAUUCUAGUGAAGAGUAGAGAGUGAUUGUGGCUUUCUGCUACUUGAAGUUAGGGUCACGAGGUAGUUUGGGGUAAUGGGUUGUGAGCAGAAGCCUCACUUGUGGGCUGAAGCCUUUCAUUGUUGGUGCAAGACUCGGUAGUGCUCUUCUGCGUCAAUCAUGGAAGCCCACACAGGAAGGGGCCACAGGGUCAAAGUAGUCUGGAAUGCUGAGUGCCGCGCCCCCUGGCCCCUUGGUGAGGAGCUGUUCUGGAGCAUGGCCCAGACCUGUGAUGGACUUUAUGGGAAUGAGAAAUAAACUUUUGUUAAACCA